AUGUCUUUCCCUGUGCAAGGCAAGACGGCCAUUGUAACUGGCGCGGGCUCCGGCAUAAACCUGAGCUUUGCGAAACAGCUCCUCGAGAACGGGUGUAAUGUCCUCAUUGCCGACUUGGGUCUUCGUCCUGAGGCGCAAGCCUUGGUUGACCAGUACGCCAGCAAUGCUCCCCGGGCUAUCUUCCAGAAGACAGACGUGACUGUUUGGAAGCAGCUGGAGCAAAUGUUCGAGGUCGCGGAGAAGGAAUUGGGUGAGAUUGAUAUUGUUUGUCCUGGAGCGGGCGUUUACGAACCGCACUGGAGCAACUUCUGGCGACCCCCGGGAUCCGCACCAAGCCGCGACGCACCAGAUAGUGACCGCUACGCCCUAAUAGAUAUCAACCUCACACACCCAAUCCGCACAACGCAGCUCGCCGUGUCGUAUUUCCUACGACACGGAACAGACAGCACUCGCCAAAAGGCCAUCGUGCACAUCUCGAGUAUAGCCGGACAAAACCCCUCGCUUGCAGCGCCAAUCUACUCUGCGACGAAGCACGCGAUCAGCGGAUUCGUGCGCUCGCUCGCCAAGCUCGACAGCAGAUGCGGCAUCCGUGUUACGGCUGUCGCACCCGGCGUGAUCAAAACGCCGCUGUGGACGGAUCACCCUGAGAAACUGAAGAUGGUGGACGGUGGGAAGGAUGGGAAGGAUGCGUGGGUGACAGCUGAUGAGGUUGCGACGGUGAUGUUGGCGCUGGUGCAGCAGGACCGAGUGAGUGAGGUGAUUGGGGAUAAGGAGGCGAAGGAGGGAGGCACAGUGUAUCCGGUCAGUGGAGGGACGGUGUUGGAGGUUUCGAAGACAGUGAGGUCUGUUCUGCCUUAUAAUGACCCUGGGCCUGGGACGAGACCGGGGAAUACGGCGUCGACCACGGCGUCCGUGGAGAACGAGGUGUGGGAGCUGCUGUCGACGAGUGGAUGGGGAGCUUGA